UUCCGGAAGUGUUUUACUUCCUAACGGAAGCCAAGAACUUGUGUAAAGUUUAAAAACCUGGUCCAAUUCUCGUUUUUCAAUAAGUAGGCCUAGACUUCGCUGUAACUCUUGUCUUUUCACAGAUUCUCUAUUUUUAGUACAAAUCCAGCAUUUUCUAGAGAUUUUAAAACAGAACGAAAUUUAAGUAUUCCAUAAAAUAGUAUACAAAAAAUUUAGCGAACAUUUUUCCUUUUAAUAUUCUUUUGGUUGUUAGGUAGUUAUAAAUACAGUUCGCGGUUUGAUUUGUUAUCCCAAGCGCAGAUGUCUUUUGGUAACUCCCCGAAUUUGGAAAGACGUCAAUCGGCUACAGCUAUGACCAUUCUGGAGGUGGAACCAACACCAGAUGGCGAGGUCAAGGAGGAGACCUCAGAUACGUCUCCCGCCGGCGAACUAGUGCCAGAGAGGGAGGGGGGUUCUGUGAGGGUCCCGUCCCGAAUUGAGACCAGGAGGCCAUUGGAAGCGAAAGAAAAAGGGUCAAUGGAGGACUUUCUAGUCUCGCUGUUCGAGUGUCCGGUUUGCUUUGGCUAUAUAAUGCCUCCGGUUUUACAAUGCGCUCGCGGCCAUCUGUUAUGUUCCUUCUGUCGCCAGAAGGUUACCCUGUGUCCCGUCUGCCGGAUCUCUAUGACCAACAUCCGGAGCCUGGCCAUGGAAAAGGUGGCCACCAAACUGAUCUUCCCAUGCAAACAUUCGCAAUACGGCUGUCGAGAACGGGUUUUGUAUGGAGAGAAGCUCAAUCACGAGGAGGACUGCGAAUGGCGACCAUACAAUUGCCCAUAUCCGGACGAUAAGUGCAAGUGGAAGGGUCCGUUGAAAGAUGUAUAUCUGCAUCUAGUGCAUGCACAUGAGAAUGUGAUCACCAUGGAAGGUAACGAUAUCAUCUUUCUGGCCACUAACGUAAAUCUGGAAGGCGCCCUCGACUGGACAAUGGUGCAGUCGUGCCACGGUCGACAUUUCUUGCUCUCACUGGAAAAGAUCUAUUUGGGCGAGGGAUGUCAGCAAUACUUUACCGCAUGUCGGAUGAUCGGAACCAUGAAGGAUGCUGCCAAGUUUAUGUAUAAUAUCUCUCUGGAUGCCAAUAAUCGCACCCUGAGAUGGCAGUCCAAGCCCAGAUCAAUCCGCGAGAGUUUCGCCUCGUUUACCCAUGCAGAUUUCUUGGUUCUCAACAAGAUGACCGUAGAACAGUUCUCGGAGGACGGCAAUCUCGCCCUGAACGUGGUCAUUAAAAAGGUUCAGGACCCUGAUGAAAACUGACUAAACUUCCUUCCCAAUUAGAUAGAUGUUAAUGUGAUCAUAUAAAUGCAUCCAUACAUAAAAUAAAUUUAUUGUACAUUCCAAGAA